AUGAGUGAUACCAACAGCCACAAAGCCGCCAGCCCGGCUAAGGGCAGGGGCCGUGGCCGGGGACGCGGCCGGGGCACCACCGGCGCUUCUCGGGGCACAAAUAAAAAGACUGCUGUCGUCGCUGCCACCAACGGACGCGGUGUCAACCCUGCUGCCCACAAGACCACCGCAGAAGCUGUGGCCGAUGGUUCUUUUACCAGAGCUCAAGCCGCCGAGGAGCGUAGCAAGGAGCUGCGAGCAAACUUCAUAGCCGUGUCAAACGCCAUCAAGCCGGCUCUCGAGGAAUUGGCGGAGCGGAACAUCAACCUCUUGCGGGACAGUUUCGACGCCCACGAAGAGGUGGCAGCCUUUAAAGAGAUUCGCAGGUUCCUCCAGAAUCGCUACGAUGAUACGGAAAAGACGCUCAAGCGCCGAGAGCAGGCUGGACUGAACCAGUGCAGCCAGAACCUCGAGCGCCAGACCAUGCUAACAAAUCUCAAUUACCAGCGCAAAUACGACGAGGCAACAGAAGACUUUUACGACACCCAACUACGUCGAUUAGAUAUUCUAGAAGAAUUUUGUCGACGAAAAGUACCAACAGAUCUGGAGGAUCGUGUCUACGUAAAGACACCCGUCUCCAAAGAUCGGAUCGACUGGACCAAGGCCCAUGUCGAAUUCGAAAAUGGUGUCGAGGUCCCUUGUGCCAAGGUUAUCAAGGCCCAGCACGUUCUCAAUUUCGAGAUAUCACGCCGUGAAAUGCACGAAGAUACGCUCCGUCCCACCUUUGUUGGCGUCAAGCGCAAGGCCGAGGCUGCGCUCCUCGACCAAGUCCCUCCAAAGCGCCCGGCAAGCGCAAUGGAUGGUGAUAGGCCUGCCUACAUUCCGCGUCACAUUGGCGGUCUCCUCUCCGCUACCAAUCCCGACGAUGAGGAGACGCCGAGUCGAGCACCUAGUCCGCUCGGCUCAAAAUUGCCGUCACCAUCACCGGAAUCCACCGCCAAAUCAUCCCCCGAUGGCGACCGGCCGUACGUGCCUCCCGCAUCCUCGGAACCUGACGAGCAUGGUGUUCGCCUGAUCAGCAAGCGCCGUCCAGUCACUACCGAAAACUACAACCGCCUUAUGCUUCCGCCACUCUAUGAAUACGAAGACCACGAGAUUGGGUUCCGUGAUUCUUUCAAUGAUCGAAGCAGAUACAAGUCAACCAGGAUUCCGCAGUUCUUCAACAAACCCAAUUCAUUCGCCUUUUUUGUCGAUCGCAUGAUAAGCAGCGUCGACGUCGGUACUUAUGAACCAGGUGACCUGAGCGAGGAGCUUGUUGAAAAACACGCGCUCCACCCAAAAUAUGGUUUGUUUCUCAAAACUUCCAAAAACGAGGAAGAGCCCCCAGCUCCUGUCGUGUCUGGGGACCAUCCAAUCGUCCUCAUCGACUACACUGGCAGGAUUCAACACGCAUCACGAUCCAUUGUUCCCAAGUAUCUGGAUCGGCACACCCGGGAACGGGAAGUCAAGCUUGCUCUCUCGGCGGCCCUGAACACCAUGCGUCAAGAGCAUCAGCUCGACCGUCGUCUGCUGACACCCGAGCCUGCUGAUAAGGAGGCCCGCCGCCGGGAGCUCAUUCACGAUCGUGAGGUGUCUACGCCGCCUUCUUCACGUAGUCCGUCACCAGCGGUCUCGCAACAUGGCGAGGGCGACUCAGACGAGGAUGCCAUGGCCGUGGAUGAAGAAGACAAGCCUUCAUCAGCUGCUGAGAAUUCUGAAUACCCACCUAAGCAGUGGCUUGAGCUCAUAGAUGCUGUUACUGUUGCCAACGAGGAAGAGACAAGAGCAACAGCCGCUGCACAGCCACGGCGGACCCCCUUUGAUCCGGUGCGCGACCUUCUCGACUCGCCCGCACCCCCUCCUGAGCCUUCAAGCAUUGUGAACACGGCCAAGCUUGAUGCCUUUGCCCAAAUUGCAUUAUCAAGUACGAAUGAGAAAUCGGUGUAUGGUGCCGAGGCACCUUCAUCAGAGACGAGCCCUUAUUCAAAAAUGUCUCAACCCAACAGCUUUCAGGAGCUGGGCUUACCACCAGCAUCAUCCAUCGAGCGCACCUCAUCGCAGCUGUCCAACCGUCCCAGCUCUCGCACUUCUUAUCCCGUACGGCAACCCAGUGCGUCCCAAUCGGUGGUUGAUUCCACCUUGACCCAACCGGAUGCACGACGCAUCUCUCAUUCUCCUAGUGUUCCACCGCAGGCCUCCGGCGAUGCAUCAAUGCUCGAUCCGCGUCUGUUCGGCGAGUCGGAUGCGCAGGCACAAGGUAGCGCCGGUCCUCGCGAGCCAAGUAGCCAAAACCGCCACUUCCUACACACAGCCUUGAACCCUGAGCCCGAAUACGGUACGACCCCUUCUGCGUUGGCUUUUGAUGGCAGAUUACCGCCAAUCCCUUCUGAGCAUGCUCGUGCUUUAGAUGCCGAGCUGCCACCCAAAUAUACUGGAACAACCUUCAGCAAUCAACCCCUAGGUCCCCAUCGAGACAACUCCCGAACUCCCUCACUCCAUUACCUUGGCAACUACGGCCCUCGUCAGGAACUAACCGAAGUCUACACUGUAGACCCAGCAGGAACUUCUUCUUCACAUGCCUCAGAAGCGCACUCGAUGCGCCCGACCAGUGGUGCUUAUCAUACGCCGCCUGCGGGCCGAUCUUAUUAUGAAAACAGCUAUGAAUCUCACGCAGGCCGUGCGUCUCCCGCACACCUUGGCGGUGCAUCGCAGUAUGUGCACACAUUUGUGCACGAUGAUCGUAUGAAUGAGCAACAGCAGCAGCAACCACAUUCACAACAUCAUGGCAAUACUCCGUUCACGGCACCCUUAGGCUCGCACCUCCCUCCGCCACCUCUCCAACCGAUACAUCAUCACCACAACCAGUAUGCUCAACAUUCCUCGCAGCCAGGGCAUUACCAGAUGCAAUCGCCCUAUCAUGGAUCCCAUCAAUAUCCUCCCUCCGGCAUGCCACAACAGAUACAGCAUACACCUACACAAUACCAUGCGAUGCCCCUGCAGUUGGAACCAACGGCAUCUCCUGUUGACAUGAAUCCCCGCCAGCUGCGAUCCAGCAGCAAUGGCAGCAUCUCGGCAGCCACCAACGGCACUGGAAACAACAACAAUAACAACUCCAAGUACAGGAAGCUCGAGCCGGCGCCGUUACCACCACACCGCCAGGGUUCUCAAUCUGGACCCGAGCUAAGGACGGUGCCUUUCAACUACCGUGAAGGGAUCAAGGACUACACAGCCUCGGAACCUCCACCACGUCACGGUCCUACACAGAUCCGUGGCUGGACCUACAACAAUCUCAAGAAGCCGAGGGUUCCCAAAGAAUCGCGAGCCUCGAAGGACUGA